CACACACACACACACACACACACACACACUCACACACACACAGUGACGGUGUGCCUAUGUGUGGGACUUGGAGCAUGAGUGUGUGUGCUGCUGACAGGGCCGUGCAUGAUGGGGUAACACUGAGGUGGCGAGUGUGACCGCAAUGACAUGGUGAGAGUGUGUGUGAUGGAGUAAGAGGCUGUGUGGGACAGGUUUGUGUGACUGUGGAUUAACUGGGGCAACACACAGGGCACCCCCUAAAGGGACCAUCUUCCCGUGAGUGUGAGAGAUACCCCAAGAAAACAAGAGGGACAAAAACACAGGAGAGAGACAAAGAGGGACAGAAAGACACAGAGAGGACCCAGAGAGACCCAGGGCUGGCAAGGGUGGCAGCUGCGGGAGGAGGCGGGUCCUGAGGGGCUGCGCCCCAGGAGAGGAGGCGGGGCAGGCCAGGGAGGGGACCCGCGGCCGGCCGCUGCUGCUCUCAGCCGCUGGCUGCAGCCAUCCCGGCGGUGAGCAGCAACAGAUCCUCAGUUUUUCUGCCCGCGCCUGUCUCCUGCCCCCGCUGCUGCUCCCCGGCCGUCCCUCCAUCCUCCCGCCCCUCUCCUGGCUGGCUGGCUCGGGCUCCCCCAGCCCUCUCUCCUGGCUGCUAAUGAGCAGAGCAGCCUUUGAGCCAUGUCCAACAACAUGGCCAAGAUCGCCGAGGCCCGCAAGACCGUGGAACAGCUGAAGCUGGAAGUGAACAUCGACCGUAUGAAGGUGUCGCAGGCGGCGGCCGAGCUCCUGGCUUUCUGCGAGACGCACGCCAAAGACGACCCGCUAGUGACGCCGGUACCCGCUGCCGAGAAUCCCUUCCGCGACAAGCGCCUCUUUUGCGUCCUCCUGUGAGCCCUCCCGAGAGCUUCCCCUCCCCUGCCAAAGUACGACUCCAAUAAACUUGGUGACUGUG